AUGUCGGCCGCAUUGCGAGCGUUGGAGGCUAGGUCUGCCACGGCAAGGACUUCUUUGAGACAUCUGACCUUUAAUCGUCCGACCUUUGCAGCCAUGGCUCCUGCAGCAAAGCGGAACAACAGUUCCCUCCCUUCAGGAUAUGUUGAGGACAAAUCCAAGGGCGCCAUGCUGAGAUUCCAGGACUCUCUACCCCGUCUGCCUGUGCCGACUCUCGAAGAAACAGCCGCGCGCUACAUCAAGACCCUCCACCCCCUUCUGUCCGAAUCAGAGUUCGCCACCAGCAAAAAGGCCGUCGAGGAAUUCGUCAAGCCCGGUGGUGUCGGCAGCAAGCUCCAGGAGAAGCUGCUCGCCCGGAGAGAGGAUCCCGCGCACCGCAAUUGGCUGUACGAGUGGUGGAACGAUGCGGCAUACCUCAGCUACAGAGACCCCGUCGUUCCCUACGUGAGCUAUUUCUACUCUCAUCGUGACGACCGCCGGAGAAGGAACCCUGCCAAGAGGGCCGCGGCCAUCACCUCGGCUGUCCUCGAGUUCAAGAAGCAGGUUGACGAAGGCACACUCGAGCCCGAGUACAUGAAGAGACUGCCUAUCUGCAUGGACAGCUACAAAUGGAUGUUCAACACCAGCCGUGUCGCCGCAAAACCCGCCGACUACCCCGCCAAGUUCUCCCACAAGGACCACAAGUACAUCAUUGCGAUCCGCAAAAACCAAAUCUUCAAGAUUUUGCACGAGGUGGACGGCAAGCAGCUCAACGCCUCAGAGCUCGAGCAGCAAUUCAACAAGGUAUAUGAGCUGGCCCAGAGAGUCCCUCCCGUGGGCGCUCUGACCAGUGAGAACCGUGACGUCUGGUCAGAUGCACGCGAGAUCCUUCUCAAGGCCAGUCCCAAGAACGCCGCCUCUCUGGAGGCCGUUGAGGCAUCCUCCUUUGUCGUGUGCCUUGACGACGCUGCUCCCGUCACUCUCGAGGAGCGCGCGCAUCAGUACUGGCACGGUGACGGCGCCAACCGUUGGUACGACAAGCCCCUCCAGUUCAUUGUCAAUGAUAAUGCUACGUCGGGAUUCAUGGGAGAGCACUCCAUGAUGGACGGAACCCCUACCCACCGUCUCAAUGACUUCAUCAACGACCUCAUCUUCAACAACAAGCUUGACCUCUCUGACCCCUCAAUCCGUUCCAACCUGCCCGAACCCCAGGUCGUCAAGUUCGAGAUUACCAAGGAAGUACAGGCCGAGAUCGACCGCGCCAGAAAAGAUUUCCAUGAUGUCAUUAGCCAACACGAGCUGGCCGUUCAGGCGUAUCAGGGUUACGGCAAGGGACUCAUCAAGAAGUUCAAGUGCUCGCCCGAUGCCUACGUUCAGAUGAUCAUCCAGUUGGCAUACCACAAGAUGUACGGCAAGAACCGGCCUACAUACGAGUCGGCUGCCACCCGCCGCUUCCAGCAAGGCCGUACCGAAACAUGUAGAACCGUGUCAGACGCCUCCGUCUCGUGGUGCAACGCCAUGGCCGACCCCAACAUCGAGGACAAGGCCAAGGUCGACCUCUUCCGCCAGGCCAUUGACUCCCACCUCGAGUACAUCACUGCCGCCUCAGACGGUAAGGGUGUCGACAGACACCUGUUCGGUCUGAAGAGGCUGCUCGAGCCCGGCCAGGAGUUGCCUGCCAUCUACCAGGACCCGGCUUUCUCCUACUCCUCCUCGUGGUACCUGUCCUCAUCACAGCUUAGCUCAGAGUACUUCAACGGAUACGGAUGGAGUCAGGUCAUUGACGGCGGGUUCGGAAUUGCCUACAUGAUCAACGAGAACAGCAUUAACUUCAACGUUGUGUCCAAGGGCUUGGGCAGCCAGCGCAUGAGCUUCUUCCUCAACGAGGCCGCCGGCGAGAUGCGCGACCUGCUCAUCCCUACCAUUAAGCCCGCCAAGGCUAAGCUGUAA